UCGUUCCUUUUGCAUAAGGGUGGUGCGUAGUUUAAGCAGAGAGGGUGCGCAGGAUAAAGUUUACCGUCGCUUCAACAUGAUGCUUAAUAAUAAAAUUUUAUUUCAAUCAGCUUUGUUUUGCAUUGCUGUGGCUGGGGUUUUAGGCCAAGUUCCUAAAAAUCCUCCUACAUCCACGCCGGCGCCUCCGACGCCACCAGCUUCUACCCCGCCGACUACUCAGCCACCGCCUACACCCACCGCCACUCCACCACCGGCUUCAACUACUCCUCCUCCUGCUUCAUCACCACCUCCAGUGACGGCUUCUCCACCACCAGUUUCAACCCCUCCACCUAGCUCUCCUCCUCCAGCAACUCCACCACCGGCUUCUCCUCCCCCGGCUACUCCACCUCCGGCCACUCCUCCUCCGGCUUCUCCUCCUCAGGCCACUCCACCACCUGCUUCUCCUCCUCCUGCUACUCCUCCUCCAGCAACCCCACCACCAGCUCCUUUGGCUUCUCCUCCAUCCACAGUUCCUGCUCCCGCACCUAGCAAGAAGAAAGCUAAGUCUCCAGCGCCAUCACCCUUGACCUCAAGCCCACCUGCUCCACCAACUGAGGCCCCUGCUCCUAGCCUCGGAGCUUCUUCACCAGGCCCAGCUGGAACUGAUGUGAGUGGAGUAGGGAAAAUGUGGUCCAUAAAAAGUAUGGUGGGGAGCAUGGCUCUACUCAGUUUGAUGCUUUAGGCUAGUCUCUCCGUUCAUGUCUUAGCUAUGUUUCGUUUCAGUAUUGCUUAUUUACUUUCGGCCUUUCCAUAUGUUAUUGGCAGCAGUCUCUGUCUGACGGGGCUUUUUAGUAUGCGUAUUUGAGCUUACAUUUCAUAAUUACCAUAUAUUGUAUUGUUAGGGAGAUUUUUUUGAGGGGAGUUAUGGGAUAUGUUGGUGGCCACCCCCUUCUCUCAUGAUUGAUUUGUUUUUUAGUAGCCUCACGUUUCAUUAAUUACCACUAUCUUAUUCAU